GUAGCUUGCAUGCAGCUCAUCAAUGCUCUUGUUACAUCUCCUGAUGAUUUGGAUUUUAGGCUUCACAUCAGAAAUGAAUUUAUGCGCAGUGGAUUGAAAGAGAUAUUGCCACAAUUGAAAUGUAUAAAGAAUGAAGCACUAGAUAUUCAGCUCAAAGUGUUCAAUGAGCAUAAGGAAGAAGACAUGAUCGAGUUCUCUCAUCGUUUAGAAGAUAUUAGAUCUGAACUAGAUGAAGUAAAUGAUGUUUACAACAUGGUGUGGAAUACAGUUAAGGACACUAGCGCUGAAGGAUAUUUUCUUUCUAUUCUCCAACACCUUUUGCUGAUAAGAAAUGACUAUUUUAUACGUCCACAGUAUUUCAAAUUAAUUGAAGAGUGUGUGUCACAGAUAGUGUUACAUCGAAGUGGAACAGACCCAGAUUUCACGUAUCGUAAAAGAUUAGAUGUAGAUUUCAGCCAUUUAGUGGACAUUUGUGUAGAUAAAGCAAGAUUAGAAGAAUGUGAAGAGAGGGCUUCUGAACUUUCCAGAAAAUUUGAAAAAGAUUUUGUAGUUCAUCAGGAGACCCAGGCCCUGCUGCAAAAAAAAGAGGAAAGAAUCAAUGAACUUGAAGCAGAAUUACAAGUUUUUAAAUCACAGUAUGGCUCCUUGCCACCUGGUUUUCUGCCAUCAACAACUGGAAAUGCAUGUGUCGUUCAACCAGAAGCUGCAGGACCACAUCAACUGCCUCCUCCUCCACCGCUGCCUUUGAAUGGAGCAAUUCCACCACCACCACCACCUCCCCCUCCUCCUCCUCCACUUUUGAAUGGCUUGGGAAUUCCUCUGGCUUUUGGUGGUGCUCCUCCACCACCGCCUCUACCAGGUGUGCCUGGAGCACAGUGGUCUCCACCUUCAUGUACUUUGCCAUUUGGAAUGAAGCCUAAAAAAGAGUUCAGACCUGAGGUUACUAUGAAAAGACUCAACUGGUCCAAGAUCAGGCCUCAGGAAAUGACAGAAUCCUGUUUUUGGGUUAAGGCGGAAGAGGACAAGUAUGAGAAUGCUGAUAUGCUUUGCAAAUUAGAACUUACCUUUUGUUGUCAAAAAAGGG